CUGUCGACUGAGCACGAUGGAAUGGCAUGAUUUGAGCAUCGGUUUGUUCGACUUCCAAUUGCAGUCAGUUUCACUUGCGAGCUAAGCUCAAUUGGCUAAGCUCAGCUCAGUUGCAAAGUGCGCAAACGGUGCUCCAAUGUCUCGUGGCAGUGCCGCCGGCCAUGACCGGCACCUGACAGUUUUCUCUCCCGAAGGACGCUUGUACCAAGUCGGUGAGUCAACGGCGCACACCAGGCCUUCACAGAUAGUCAGCGAGGAGGGAGGACGGCGGCGCCCUCCGUGUGCUGCACGCGACGGCAGAGAGGACACAUCUGUAGAUCUGCCCUGUCUUGUCUUCAUUUCUCCCUUUCGUGUGCGCGCGCGCGCGUGUGUGUGUGUUUGUCAGAGUAUGCCUUCAAGGCGGUCAACGCGCCAGGCCUGACGGCCCUGGCGCUCAAGGGCAAGGACACGGCAUGCAUCGCCAUACAAAAGAAAGUGCCGGUGGGCGUGAGAGGAAGACAGGAGGAUGAGGACAGCACACAGGCACUGGCAGAUCUCUCUCUCAUCAUGUGGCGUGUGCACUUCAGGACAAGUUGCUGGAUCCCGCGUACGUGACAAACCUGCACAGCCUCUCCAAGAACAUCGGCUCCGUCAUGGUCGGGCCGGCAGGUAAGUCAGCACAGCAAGGUGCCGUCCACACAUGAACACGACUGCAUGUGUGUGUGUGUGUGUGUGUGUUGUCAGCUGACGGCCGUUCGUUAGUGAUGCAGGCGCGUUAUAUGGCGGCAGAGUUUGAGUACGAGAAGGGCUACCCCAUCCCCGUCCACCACCUCACUUACAAGGUCGCCAACUACCACCAGUUCUACACACAAGUCGCCUGGCAGAGACCAUAUGCCGUCGGUACGCACACACGCACACACACACGGCGGCCGCUGAGUGCUAUUUCUUGUGUGAUGAUAUGACAGUGACGAUCCUGAUAGCGUUCGACGACGAGGCGGGUCCGCAGGUCUACAAGACCGACCCGGCCGGCUUCUUCGCCGGCUUCAAGGUAUACACACACACACUCCCUCACACACUCUCACGGACAAAGUGAGUCCGGUGCGAUUGGUUUGCUUGUUUGGGAUGGAUGGAUUGGCUCUGUUCAUUCAGGCGACAGCAGCGGGUGUCAAGGAGCGUGAGGCGAUGAACUGGCUGUCGACGCGGCUGGAGAAGAACGAGGCCGACUCGAUGGACAAGGACACCACCAUACAGACCGCCAUCGAGGGGCUGCAAUCGGUACAGAAACAACCUGACACGCGCCGCGCCACACUCACUGAGGCGUCUGCCGUGUGUGUGUGUGUGUGGAUUGGUGGGCUGUGGUUCAGGUGAUGGGUGUGGACUUCAAGGCCAACGAGCUGGAGGUGGCCUUCGUGUCUAAAGACGACACCGCAUUCAGGUACAACAUACCCACAAAUGCGCCCCGCCCGCAAACCUUGAUCCAUCUCAUCUGUGUGUGUGAUGGCUGUGUUGUGCCUGCAGGAAGCUGACGGAGCCCGAGAUCGAUGCGCACCUGACGGCCAUAGCGGAAAAAGACUGAGAGUGUGAUGAGUGUCGUGUCCGUUCGUCUCAUGCCUCCCUCCCUCCCUGCCUGUAAUGAUAUUCGAUGCGACCUGCCGUGGCUGGGGUGGGGCGAACGACGGCAUGGCGCCCCUGUGGCUGCUUGCCGGUCUUGUUUUUGGAAGCCGUCACUACCCUAUACGACAGUUCGCUCUGGGUGCGUGCCGUUUGAUGCUGUCGUGCGGAUCAGCUCGAGGCAGCCAGCCUUGAUGGACGUAUGAUAGCGUCGAGACACGCAUCUAUCUCAUGCCAGCCAGCAUGCCUCGUCACCAUCAUCAUAACAUAAAUAACAUAAUGGGGCUUAUAAUCGGCUGUGCAGAG